AUGGAUGAAGACCCUAAUAGAGGGAAGGCCAGGGAUGACGGCAAGGAAGGAAGUGAUGGGGUCCGAUACCGUGGCGUUAGAAGGCGGCCGUGGGGGAAGUUUGCAGCAGAGAUUCGAGACUCGAAUAGGCAUGGUGCGCGUGUGUGGCUUGGCACUUUUAAUACUGCAGAGGAGGCUGCGAGAGCUUAUGAUCGAGCUGCUUAUGCUAUGAGGGGUUCAUUAGCCAUUCUCAACUUUCCUAAUGAAUACCCUUUAACGAGUGGUGGUGCUUCUGGUUCUUCUUCCUCUUCUGCUUCAGCUUCGGCUUCGGCUUCGGCUUCUUCAUCAACGCGUGAGGGUGCUAGAACUGGUCAGCAAGGAAGACAGGUCUUUGAGUUUGAGUACUUGGAUGAUAAGUUGCUGGAGGAGCUUCUUGACUAUGAUGAGAAAAAGAGCAAGAAAUAGGUCUUUCUUAUAAUGGCAUCAAGCGCUUGCUCUUGCUAAUAAUCAAAAGUGGCAAACAUCAUCAAAUUUGCUUCGCG